CGGUUUCUUCGUGUGAUCAGUUUGUUGUGGAUUAAAGUAGUGAUCUUUUGAUUACUCAGCCAAUUUCAGAUUCUGGGUUGUUGAUUUCUUUCUUACCCUUUUGAUAAUUUUUUUGUAGUUCUUGAAUUGGAAGUAAUGGUUGGCUGGGUUUUGUGAAGGGUGGGGGGAUGGUAGGGUAAUAUUAUGGUCAAUGGUGGAAGCAAAGGAGGGAGUUCAUCGAUUGUGAGGGAUGCAGAAAGAGAUGAGAUUUUGAAUUUGUAUAGUGGUAGUAGUAGUAGUCAACAGCAACACAAGGGUGAAGGAUCAUCAGAAAGAAGAGUGAUGGAGACUAGUGAAGGAAGAGGGUUUUCUUCAGAUUUGUAUAGGAACACGAGUGAGGAGUUGUUCAUCAAGUCCUUGAUGGAAAGCUCUAUUGGGAUGCCAGCAGCACCAACCAUGGAGAUGCUAGGGUUUAAGAAUCUCCACCACAAUUUUCGCACCGAUAGCGAGGAGCUCUUCAAGAGCUGGCUUACUACUGGAGAGAGAAUCAUAGUUAUGGAACACCAAGCAUUGCACAUCGAACGCGACAAUCAUCUAAGAGGAUGUCCACUGAAAUCUCAAAUUUGUCAAAUCAGCAACAAGGGCAGGCAACUCUGCAACAGAAAAGAAGUACUGAUGUGCUGUUGACACAACAUAAUCAUCCAACAGCAUACGAUGUCUCGAGUAGACAAUCAAACAAUAAAGGGGUUGUUGACAGAAACAUCCAGUCCAGUAACUUAUACAUGGCCAAGGCCUGGUUUCAAAGUUCUCAACCCAUGACACGGAGCAGAUCUUCUGAACUAAGAAGGAGAUACGUAGCCAUGCAAACUACAGGAGAUAACGAUGAAAGUGGAUUAUUGAAACAAGAGUUUUCAAAUCCAAGUGGACUCGGCAGUGAUCUCUCUAUGCAUGAGGCAACGAAUCAAUUCGGAGCAUUCAACACUCCACACGCAGGAAAUACGGAUAAUGUCUCUUCAGUAGUGAGCAUGCUGAAGGGUACCCUCGAACGCAAGAAGCAGCUUGGAAAUCAUGAAACCGUGGAAGACAGCUCGAAUUCGAUCUAUCAUCACGGUCAUGGUCAAGAAGUUAUGAUGAUGAAUAGCUUCAAUCAAGGAAAUGGGGGUGGGAUGGAUAGCUUACAAGAGCUUGCAUCUGCAAUAGCAAAGAACCCCAUGUCUACUGGGCUCUUAGAGACGGUUCAGGAGGUUGUGGAUUUUGAAAUGGAAGGAUAUGCAAAUCAUCCGGUGAACCCAAUGCAGAUGAACACAGUCUCUCGAGAGCCUUCUUCUCUGAGUGAAUCUUCAGCUGCUGCACCAGUCAUUUCAUCUGGGUUCGAUGCAUGUGAUGGUCCUAGUAUUUCGAGUCAAAAUGUGACCACCUGUGAGAGCUCAAAGAAAUCUGUUGGGAAAGAUUCAGAACAAGGUGGUAGAGGCAAAGAGUUCAGAGAUAGGAUCAUCGACAAUCUGAAGGAUGAUAGAAAGAGAGGUAAAGGGCUUGUCCGGUAUGGGUCAGUGACAUCUGCUAGUUCAGUAGAGACAGGAGACCCAACUAAGAAGCGUAGAGUGGAGCGUUCUCGCAAGAUGGCUGAAGCAAAGGAAAGGAAUUUAACACCUGUGGUGCCCUCUGAUAUGCAGUCGGUGAUGAAAAGGUGUGAGAACCUUGAGAAGGAAGUAAGAUCACUCAAGCUUAACUUGUCUUUCAUGAACAGGAAGGAUUCUGAGCAGACUAAGCAGAUCGAAGAACUUCAGAAACGGAACGAGGAUUUGGUAGACGAGAAAGAACGCCUGCUAGAGGAGAUUGAGAGGAUAAUGUCUGAAACCGGGAAGGUCUGAAGCGUUAAAUUUAAUCUCACAGAUGAUGGAUGCUGACAUUUGGUUCUUUCUGCAGCCAACAGUCUAAACUACCUUUUCUUUUUGUGUUGGUAGAGAAGAACACAUAGCAACCUUGUGCUUUUGAUUCACACUUGUCUUCCACAUUCUAAUGUCAUAAAAAAGAUUCUUAGGACCGACCAUUUGUGACGAGGUUCUGGUGGGAGGAAGAAUGGUUGAUAUAUAUUUCUUCAGCAAUUGUAUCUCUACUUGCAAUUUCAAAUAAUUGCAGAUAUAACGCUUGAUAAAUUUUCAAGUGUUAUAUAUCGAUGAAUACUUUCGGCUUCUAAGUUAUUGUUUUCCCCUUUUUUGGUGACACCUUUAAUGUAUUCGAGUAUAUUUGAGACAAUAAAUGAAAUCUCAAAACUAGCAAGAACUUGAGGGUAUAUGAAAGCUGCAACCAAUUCAAUCAGCCA